GAAGCACAUGGCUGCUGGUUGCCCGUGCUUCAUCGCGCGCUAUUUUUAUUUACAGACGGUUUGCACGUGUGAUUUGCACCUAAAUGAAACGCCUGAAUUCAUUUGACGACGCACAUUAAAGGAUGAGCAUACUUUCGAGAAACUUGAGAUGGUAUUGACGGUCAAGACCAAGUUUCAUGGACUCUUCGAGCGAUGGCCUCGAAGUUCCUCAGGUACGCCUACCUUCUGACCAAGUAUCCUGAAAAUGGAGUGGUGGACGGCACCUCAUUUUCGUCUGGCUGGAGCGGCCUGUCUUACAUGCGAUACCAUCAUUUCAUGACACAAAUCCGAGGGGCCCAGGAAUGUGCUCCAGAACCUAUGAAAGGGGUUUCGCAAAGGAGGUGGCUGGCAACCUCACUCAGUAUCCCAGACACUGCACCCUUAGUCACGGUAUCCAAAAUCAAAAGGUUCCUUAAGGAAAGCUCAAUUGGGUUCGAGGAAGGCUACACAUGCCUCAAGAUCCCAUGUCCAGUGUGCCAACCCAAGUGCCAGGGCUCAGACGUGCCAGGUGGAACUUAUUCAGGGAUGGAGAUGGCCUUCAUCAACGUUGUUACAGGUUUGUUUACCUGCUAUGGCUGCCAAGUAGUCACGAGCUGGCAGACCUUGCAGGACUACCUCUCUGUCGAGGGUACCGCAAAAAACAGGGACAGCCUAGCUUCAGGAUCGGGCGUCUUUUUGACCCCCCAGGAAGCUGAGGAUCUCCAGGCUCACUAUGCGUCUUCCACUGCCCUUGUCGACGUCGAGCGGCCAGAGUUCGAGCAACUCGUUCACAGGUUCGGUUUGCGGAAAAUCGAACCUCUGACGAUGAAGCUGAUGGACGUGCGGUUGGCAAAAGACAGGUCCAAGAUCCUCUUUCCCAUCCACGGUCCAGCUAAGAAGCUGGUUGCCUUAAAGUGUCUUGCAGUAACCGAAGGUCGGCUCGAUUCCAAUGUUUUACCGAGGCCGAAUGUUGUGGGCCUUUUUGGCUGGCAGAAGGUGAAGAAGCACCACCAGGAGGUUGUACUGACGGGCUCGGAAGGAGACGCGCUGGCCGUGUUCCAGGAGACCAACCUGCCCGCCCUGUCCCUGCUUUCUGGGACAUCCCACCUGCCACUGGAGGUCUUGCCACUGUUCGAGCAGUUCCACAAGAUCACCGUCUGGUUCGGCAACAAACUCCACGACUGGGAGUCGGUGAAGAUGUUUUCGCGCAAGCUGGGUGAAAAGAGAUGUCACUACAUCAGGCCCAAGGACGGCUAUCCCCUGGCGACGCUCCAGACGUCGAAGACAUCGCUGCUGUCCAUAGUCAGGGCGGCUCAGCCGGUCAGCCACAAGGCCAUAACGACCUUCCACAGCCUGAGGGCCGGAGUGGCCGACAUGCUCCACAACGUGGAGGCCUCGGCAGGUGUUCGGUGGACCAGGUUUCCCAGUCUAGGGCGACUCCUGAAGGGGUUUCGGAGGGGCGAGCUGACCGUCUUCACCGGGCCCACGGGGUCGGGAAAGACUACCUUCAUGUGCGAGUACUCCCUAGAUCUGUGUGUGCAGGGGGUGAACACGCUCUGGGGAAGUUUUGAGAUACAGAACGAGCGCUUGGCCAAGAUCAUGCUCACCCAGUUCUCGCUCAUUUCGCUGGAGAAGCACCUAGACGAGUUUGACUUCUGGGCUGACAAGUUUGAACUGCUGCCGCUCUACUUCAUGACGUUCCACGGUGAACAGUCGAUUCGGAACGUCUUGGACGCAAUGUCGCACGCGGUGUACGUGCACGACAUCCAGCACGUGGUGGUGGACAAUGUCCAGUUCAUGAUGGGCGUCGGGGAAGACAGCUCUCGGGUGGAUCGCUUCUGGAAGCAGGACCUCCUGGUGGGGGCCUUCCGCCGCUUCGCCACCCAGCACAACUGCCACGUCACUCUCGUCAUGCACCCACGCAAGGAACGGGAUUCCGAAGAACUGAGCAACCACUCCAUCUUUGGGGGAGCCAAGGCCAGUCAGGAAGCGGACAACGUGCUGAUCCUGCAAGACGGACGCCUGAGCUCAUCUCGAGGCCGUAAGCACCUUCAGGUAACGAAGAACCGAUUUGAUGGCGACAUCGGAGUCGUGCCCCUCGAGUUCAACAAGGAGAACCUUACGUUUUCGGGAAAGAGGCAACCAAGCAAGAAGGCUCAAGAGAAGGGACAAGGAAGUGCCUCGUCUAGUGCAGAGCAGACUCCACCGCGCGUCUGAACUGUCUGUGAGACUGUGUACAUUAUCACAUAUUUCAAAUAGUUUAGAUAGCAAUGUUUAUAGAACGAGUGAUGUUGGACGGUGAGCGUUGGCGGGCUUACCUGCAGGACAGUUGAUGCGUUGUAUAAAGUCUUUCUCGUAAUUGCGACUACCUUACACCCUUGUUGAUCCGGGCUUCAGUUCUAUGAAGCUCACUCGCGAAGGCUACUGCCACUUAUUUUAGUGUCGACCUUUUAUAGGACACUUUUUAAGUCUUCUUACUUUUGGUUGGUCAGAGAGCAGAAUUUAAAAUAAAACGAUGCAGUGAAUGGU